AGAUGAACAUGGAGGAGCUGAUGGGAUCAGGGGUGCUGAGUUCGAGCGCGAGUCAGACUGAGCGCCGCUCAAGUCGUCACCACAUCCUCGAAGUUUCCGAGGCUCAGAAACGGCAAGAAUUACUACAACAACAACAGUUGCAGGUGCGGAGACCGGAGAAAAGUGCUUCCAGACAAGAUGAAAAACUAGGUGGUUUAUCAAGUCGUCUACGUGCCCAGAUACCAUCGGCUACAUUUGUGAACUACGACACAUUCAAGAUCUCACAAAUGAAUAUAGAUAAAGAUGGGAAGACACCUGAUGAUUCAGUAAAAGAUGAGGAAACAAAAGAAAAAGUGUUGGAUUGGUGCUACAAGUGGAUACCUGAGGGAUAUUUAGAGGGAGAUUUAGUGGAUGAGGCUUCUAGAAGGGAGGGUCAAGGUCACCAUAAAGGUCAUAAACACAGUGGAAGAAAAAGUCGAAUGGGUAUGCACGAUUCUGAUGAUGAGGAAACAAAGAGGGAAGGCCCAGACUACGUACAGGACCCACACAGUCACCGACCACCACGGGUGAAGUCAGCAAAAGCCGGGGGAGAAGAAAUCAACAGUGCAAUACAGAGUAUCAAAGAUCUACGCCAGUCACUCACAUUGUCAGCUGCCAACACAAACCUAAGUCCUACUGCAGGGAACUACAUAAAGAAGUUAUUGAACCAAGAACUUAAACAGACAGAUGAGGACAUUGGUGAAAUCACUGCCAAACUUCAACUUAACAUUGACGAAAAACAAAAACAGUAUGAUGAUCUGGUACACCUUGCUCAUUCACAAGAUGGCGCAAAGCCCGCGAACAUUUCUUCUCAUCGUGAAGAUUCUAAAAUUAGAUCAGCUCCAAUCACCUCGGCUAAAGAACAAAGUAACAACAUUAAGUCGGAGAGGUCUGAUAACUCUAUAAGUGCUCAACCUGCGAAAAGUAAAACCGAAAGAAGAGAGGUUAAGAAACCGGAACGUACCGAAUAUAUAAACAAUGUGAAAAAUUUGAAACCAGUCUCGAAUGUUCCAAGUAGUGGUGAGAAUAGUAGACUUGUUGAUACCUAUCAUCUCCCAGACUCCAUUCAACACGGGCAUAAUAAACAAGAGGGGUUUAGAGGAGCAAAACUAGAUGUAGAUAUAGGACACGGAAAAUUAACCAAACUCACGAAAAUUGAUUCCACAAUUAAUGGUAAAACAGAGCUUCACUAUAGCUCGGCCACCGAUUUAUCGCAGCCACUAGUACCAAACGGGCCGACUAAUGGCUCAAAGGUUAUGAAAAAGAAGUCAAAUUCUACAGUACCAAGAAGUGCCAGUAGCAGUAGCAGUAGAGAAGAAAGUGAUCCUAAAAGUUGGAGUGAAAAGUUUGAGAAAUUUAUGGAUAAGGACAAAUCAGAGUCAAUACAAAGGGUGAAGUCUGCUAAAAACAGCCGUCAAGUUGUAG